CAACACUGAACUUUCAGUUUUAGAUGUCAGAAACAGAAAGAACUUUCGCAAUCGCAUGCCCCAAAGGCCCCUUAACUUUGUGAUUUCUUUUGAUGAAGAAAAAUUGUGUCGUGCGACUUGUGCGUAAUUUUGUGUAAAUUAUUUCAUUUAUGAUCAUCAUCAUCAAUCGUUAUCCAUUACAAACAAAUGACGUGUUGUGCUCCAUCCUAAUGCUUUAAGGAAUUGACGAGGUGCCGUUUUCUUUGCUUUAUCGUAUGCAUACUUGAGAAAUAUUUAAAAAAUGUCAGAUAAAAAUCAACCAGCCGUUAAUCAGUGGAAUUCAACAUGGAGUUAUCCUUUUUAUCCGAUGUAUUCAACAAUGGGGUACAAUGCUCAAGGGCAUGUCAAUAUGCAGUACUACCAAAACGCUUAUGCUGCGAUGUAUCAGAAUACAUUGAUGCAACAACAACAACAAUACAUGCAGAAUUUUUUACCCGGAGGAAAACUAGGUGGCGAUAAACCCGAAGAGAAAGACGCUAAAACGGAGAAUGAUGAGAAGAAAUUAAACGAAAACUGUGCCAUAGAUAUGAAGGAAGACUUACCACCGUUGCCACCGGGAUCUCCUCCCAAACUUCCUCCACCUCCAGAAAUCUCUCUAACACCUAAAACGAAUCCGGUCAAAUUUAAUAUUGCUGGCAAGAACGCGAUCAUUAGCCCACCCAAACCAAUGAACGCUUUUAUGACAUUGACUGCUAAACAGAAAAAGAAGAAGAAAAAUAAAAUGAUGAAAAAAUUGCAAGCGGAAUCGAUGAAAGUUGACAAGUCAAUCGCAUCGUUGGAUUUGUAUCAAGUUCCAUUACCUCAGCCUUCUCAAUCUUCUAAUAAUUUCCAGUAUAUUCCUAUUCCUCCCGUUCCUCUUCCUCCUGUACCUAAAGAUGUAAGUGACAAAGGUAGUGAACUGGAAAAUCAAAACAGCGAUGCUGACACGAACGUAGACAACGACUCUUUCGCUAAAAUCGAUAAGGUGAAAUCGACUAUGGAUAUGAAGGAAUGGCCUCAAUCGUUGACCGAGUACGUGAAUAGAUGUUAUAGUAAAUGCAAAACCAAUGAAGAGAAAGAUCAGAUAGGUAACAAAUUGAAGAACAAAAUUUUACAGGCAGCCAGUAGUGAACUGUUGUGGGUAAAAGAUUGGGAUAACGAGCCGAUGCCUUUAUUGGAAAGCGAAUUGUCCACCUUGCCACAAACUCCGGUCUGUAAACAAGGCGUUUACAAAGGUGGCCGUAACAUUUUUACCAGGUCGUCGUCUGAAAAGAAGCCCCGUAACAAUCCGUAUCACAAAUAUUUACCAAAUUCUCAUCAAGGUUAUCAAAAUGAUAGUAAUGACGAUUCGCCUUCUAAAUAUUCAAAAAAAUCCAAUUCAAAUGAAACUAGUUGGAACAGAAAGCAGAAGCGAAGACCUGAAGACUCCUCGUCUGAAGAUUAUAUCCCUAUUAAGAACUCCGAUGAUGAUAAUAAUGGUAGAAAUAAGAAGAAACCGAAGAAGUUUUCCCUCAAUGUGAAUGAAAAUCCUAACGGGCUAGCUGUGGAUAAAGCAACGAUGGAUAAGAGAGCUGCUCGGUUCAGUUUAGGUAGUAAAGAAUCAGAUGAUGGUAGAAACUCGAAUUCUGUCAAAUCGUUAUCUUUGGUGUGGAAUUCCACCUUAAGUAUCAACGAAGACAGAACUCCCGAUUCCACCGCAGAGCAUAUCGUAGGAACAUGUCAAGAUAUCGAGAAACAAUAUUUAAGGCUAACCUCGGCAUUAGAAGCGUCAUCGAUCAGACCACCGGAAGUUCUCUCUCAGUCGUUGGCAAGAGUCAAAGAAAGGUGGCAAGCCACUCAAGAUUACCAUUACGCUUGCGAACAACUCAAAUCAAUUAGGCAGGAUCUGACAGUGCAGGGAAUCAGAGAUAGGUUGACCGUAGACGUAUAUGAAACGCAUGCUCGUAUCGCUUUAGAAAAAGGCGAUCAUUACGAAUUUAAUCAAUGUCAGUCUCAACUAAAAUUACUCUAUGCUGAAGUUGAAGAAAGUGCGAAUAAUUCGUACGAGUUCACUUGCUAUAGAAUUUUGUAUUACAUCUUCACCAAAGAUACGACAGAUCUUAUCAAAACUAUUGUUGAGUUGAGAAAUGACGAAAGAGACGACGCAUGCGUUUCAUUUGCCUUAAAAUUAUCGUCUGCUUGUACCGCAAACAACUAUAAAUUAUUUUUCAAACUGUAUAAACAAGCCCCUAGGAUGGCUAGUUAUUUAAUCGAUUUAUUUGUACCCAGAAUCAGAAAAUCAGCAGUUACUACGAUGAUAAAAGCUUAUCGUCCCUAUUUACCGGUAUCGUAUAUAAAGGAUAUUUUGGGGUUUGAAAGUGAUACGCAAUGCGCGGCAUUUUUAAAAGAAAUGGAUGUCAUCUUCUCGGACGACGAAUUGUCAAAAAUCGAUUGUAAAGCGAGUUCAACCAAAUUACCCGCAGCCACAACUCGUCCAGCUCAGUGAACCAGAUAGCAGCGAAUAAUAUUUCAACGACGAAGAAUCUAUGCGAAAAAUCUUUUAAAGAAAUAAGAUCCUCGGAAAUAACGGAAUAAAAUUUAUUGUGCGAAAUAUGUACCUCAGUUGAGGUGUCAUUCGAGGAAAUUUCCUGCCGUCAAUUCAUUCAACAUGAACCGCUAUGAUUCGCAUAUGUGAGAAACGUGAAAAAUUUCCAUUCCAGUUGUCACCAUCGGCGAACGCGAACGUCUGUGUAUGCGUGAAAAAUUCGGGAACUUCGAGUGCGCGAAUAGAUGAAUUGAAAAGACAGCCGCACUAAAGAAAACGGCAGCUGAAGUCGAAUGAACGUUGCUUGAUGAAGAAUAAGUUCAACGAGAAUUUCUCUUCUGGACCUGGGAAAAAUGAAGAGUACAGAAAUAUUUAACAAGAAAUAUUACAUAGAAAACGAUAAUGUCGUUUGAUGGAUUCGUUGGUUGAGAACAUCAUCGUAAUGUCGGUUGCUUCGUAAAAAAAAAAAACAAAAAAAAGUUCAGAUUACGGAAGAUUUACAUGACAUGAUCCACGAUGAAGAAAGACAGAAAUAUAUUUACAUGACAUGGUCCACGAUGAAGAAAGACAGAAAUAUAUCACCAUUUUAUACACGAUGAAAGAGACAACGUUGCUUCUACGAAGUUGUCGGUUGCAUUAUCUCCUUUGUGAUCUCUUACACUCUCUCUGAAAUUCCCUAUUUACCUUAAAUGCGAUCGUUUAGGCCCAAAAGAUUUCACUUUCUUAUAUCUUGAGAUGUCUCAUGUUUCGUAUCAUUUUAUUUCAAUAUCUUUGCCUGAAUACGUUGCGAGUGUAAUUUAUCAAAUGUACAAACAUUUUAAAAUACCUACCGGUGUUAUUUCUAACUGUAUUUCGAAUACUAUCUUACGAAUUUGGAGAAUAAUUCAUUCCACGAUGUACAAUCAAGAAGAAGAUCAACAUCAACUAUAAUCCGACAUGAAGUCGACAGUUCAUUAAGAAUACCCAGAGUCGUGAUGUUGCAUUUUCAUUCGAAGAAAACUGAUAUUCAAUUUUUUGCCGUUCCGUUGCAUCGGAAAUUUGCAACCAGUUACUCUGUGAUAGAUCGGUCAAACUUGCAACCUAUCGUGAUUAUUUAUCAACUUGUUGAAAUUUUAUUUUAUUCGCGUAUUAUAUUUAUGUAACCACUUCUAUUCGUACGGUUAAGACGCUUCAACAUUUUUUAACUGAUAUUUAUGGUUUAAUUAAUUUUCUCUAAAGUCUAUACGUCUUCACGUAAUGUAAGAAAGACACUAUAACGGCGUUGAAAUCGCCUGCGCGGUUCUUUUUUUUUAUAUUACGUGGUCAAAUUGUUGAACGAAGACAUUUCAAAGCAAGAUAAUUUCUUUUCCUAUGUUUCCAUUUGGCAUAAAUAUGCCAUCGCGAUGUCAAUUUUUUUCGUUUUUCCUCCUAUUCGAAAUGCCUAUCAACAAUAGAGCGUAUCGUUAUAUUUCGGUUAUUGUAAGCGUUUCAAUUAUUAGUUUACCUAGAUGGUUCGAAGUAGUUGUGUGUCUUGUUGAAUAUUAUUACUCUUGUAGUUUUUAUUUAUGGCGUUUAACAUGUUUUUUCACUUUUCAGCGUGUGAGUAAUCGAUUUGCUCAAUGAAUCUUCGGAUUUUAGGAAUUUGGCUCGAGUUGAGUUUUUUGGGGUCUUAUCGGACUCUUUUAAACUUACGCUGUGAAUAUUGUAUUAUUAAUGUGUAUUAUUUUUUUUUUAUUUAUUUUAGAAUUUAUGUACGAAAUUUUAAAAUACAUUACUUAAUUAUCGCGAA